GACAUCCUGGCUUAGGAAAUCGGCAGUCUUGACAGAAAUACGAAGCUACGGUUGAGUGUUUGACGAAGGUAGUAAGAAGUAGCAUUGUCUGUUUAAGUCGGGAAGUGAGAACUUUGUUUCAGUUUUUAUUUUUAAUUACAAAAAUAUGUCAACACCAGCAAGACGGCGUUUGAUGAGAGAUUUUAAAAGGCUUCAAGAAGACCCCCCAGCUGGAGUUAGUGGGGCGCCAUCUGAAAACAAUAUAAUGGUCUGGAAUGCAGUAAUAUUCGGGCCAGAGGGAACGCCAUUUGAAGAUGGAACUUUCAAGCUCACAAUAGAAUUCACAGAAGAAUAUCCAAAUAAACCCCCAACAGUUCGUUUUGUUUCCAAAAUGUUUCAUCCAAAUGUCUAUGCAGAUGGUAGUAUAUGUUUGGAUAUUCUUCAGAACCGGUGGAGUCCAACCUAUGAUGUUUCUUCAAUCUUAACCUCUAUACAGUCUCUGCUGGACGAGCCGAAUCCAAACAGCCCGGCUAACAGCCAAGCGGCCCAGCUGUACCAGGAGAACAAGAGGGAAUAUGAGAAGAGGGUAUCUGCCAUCGUGGAACAGAGUUGGCGUGAUUGUUGACCUCGAGCCGGUUCAAAAAGGAUGAACUGUAUCCAUGUCAAGAGACAAACGGAGAAGAAAAAUCUCUCAAGACGACAGAAAAGUUAAAAAUACACAUCAUGUUUUGAAUUGUCAUCAUCCUCCUACGCGUAUAAAGACAUUUGUUCUGUGAUCCUUGCAAGGUAGAGUGCUGUUGUGAUGUUGCCUCCUCACCCCUCCAACCGUUUUCCUACUGGAAAGAGUGCACCUUCCUCUGAGUAAAUGUACCUGGUUGUGCCCGGUUUUUUAUUUUUAAACUGGCAUCUAUUACAUUACCUUAAUUUAGUUGUUUUUCCUUUUUCUUCAAGCAGGAGUUUGACAUAUCAUUGGUCUAUUUUUUUAAGUUUGAGGUAGCUGCUUCAAGACGACUGACUGAAUUCUGGAGCUUUAAGAUUUUAUUUUUUAUUUUGAGACUGCUCAGCCCCUGUGACCAUUGCCAGACUGCUGAUUUCUCGUCAUUUUAAAUCACAUAUUUGCG